GGGGGAAUAGAGAGCGGCCUGUGAGCGCGGGGGGUGAGGGUGAAGCCGCCCGUCACUGUCGCUGUCGCUGUCGCUGCGACCGGGGAGCGGGGCCGGGCCAUGGAGGCGGCGCCGCGGGUGGAGAAUCUCUUCGACUUCAGAAGGUUACCUACGGAUGGUUUAAUCCUGACUCUCCUGUUGUUAUAUGCUCCAUUCGGCAUCUGCUUAAUGCUCAUCAGGAUAUUUAUUGGGAUUCACGUGUUUUUAGUCAGCAGUGCUCUCCCUGACAACUUUUUCCGGAGGGUUAUCGUGCGAGCAAUGUGCUCGGUGUUGGGCAUGAUUGUCUCUCAAAGUGACCCCAAGCAGCGAGAUAAAAACGUCAAGACCUACAUGGCCAACCACGUCACCCAGUUUGACCACAAUGUGCUGAGUUUCCUGGCACCGUGUCACACGCCCCUGCUGGAGGGUCGGGCUGGCUUUGUGAGUUGGGCUCGCGGCUACAUGGAGCUGGGCUGGAUAGAAAGCCGCACGCGUUUGGCGGAGACUCUGCGGGGUUACAACUCCCUGGAGGGAGAGCGCACACUGCUCCUGUUCCCAGAGGAUGAAAUGACCAAUGGAAAGGUUGGACUCCUGAAAUUCAGCUCCUGGGCUUUUUCUAUAAAUAGCACAAUUCAACCUGUGGUGUUAACCGUGAAGAGGCCCUUCAUAGCUGUGAGUGUCGUCGAAUCCUCUUGGCUUGCCGAGCUGCUGUGGAUGUUUUUUAUUCCCUUCACCAUAUACCAAGUAAGGUGGCUUCCCAGCAUGUCCCUAAUGGAAGGUGAAUCAGAGGAAGAGUUUGCGGUCAGAGUCCAAGAGCAUUUAGCGAUGGAACUCGGUAUUGUUUCGACUCAUCACACCAAGUCUGACAAACUGGAAUACCUCAAAAGGAUGAAGCACGUGGCCCCACCAGAGACCAGCUCGGGAACGAGCAGUCGGCCCUCGGGAGCCCGACCUCGGACUUUCCUUCCGGGACUGAGCAUUAGCAGUCUGUCGGCCGAGGACAUUCGCAUCGCGGGGAUGGCCAAGCAAGUCAAAGAGGUGCUGCCUCACAUCCCAACCAAUGUCAUUAAAAUGGACUUAGUGAGUACAAAGUGCGUGGACACCACCAUCACCAACCUGCUGGAGGGACGAGUGGAGUUUUCUCCCGAGGAGGUGUCUGCCAGCCCUUCCAGCUACUCCUUGUCGAACACGCCUCACGCCGUGCCUCACAACCUCGCCGCCGCUCCGAAGGUGCCAAAGGCCGCGCCCGCACCCAAGACCGUUUCCAAAAUGACGUUUGAGAAAUCGCCAGUUGACCGACAUCUCUCCCUGCAAGAUAGAAAAGAUGCCCUAUAUGCUUAUGCAAAGAGGCGAUACAUCGAUAAACACGGUCUGCCGACAGAGAGCAAAGAGAGCCUGGACCAGGAGCAUUGACACCCACCGCGGAACCUGAGACCAGGCCCAGCUACUCUCCACAGAGACGGCACAUCAAUCAACAUUUUCUUUCUUUUUUUUUUCCCCCUUUUGCCUUUUUUUUGGGGGGAUUGUUCUUUUUUUUUUGUUUCGGAAAAACUUUCUCUUCGAUAAUAUGGGUCUGAUUUUUAAGAUGUUUUAUGGGCAGUCUUUUCAAUAAUCAAUUAGUGAGGGAGGGGGGGGGGGAGCGGGGUGGGAGAGGAAGGGAGGAGUUCUGCAGAGCAUUCUGCAUGACAAUCAUGCAUGUUCCUGUACUGGAUACUACUGGGAAAAUGGCGGUGUCCCUGUAUUUUUUGAGUCUUUAUAAAGAGCUUACAACUGA